GAGCUUCCACAAGACGACGCCAACUGUUUGUCUUACGAAGAGGAUGUAUUUCUGUUAGAUAAGAUGUCCUGUUUUCACGGCACUCAAGGUACGUACGUGUUGAAUGAAGACUUCGCCACGUCCACCGAACAAUCACUGCACACAGGCGCCCACGGUUUCGGUCAAGGAAAUUCAAAGUUCUAUGUAUGUCAUGAAAUCUCUGACAGGAAGCAGUUAAGUCAAAAUGGAUCUAUACAUCAGCCAACAGAGGCUCUCUACACUCCGAAUACCAGGUUAAAAACGACAAACUUUGUCAACGACAUAGGACAUGACACGGUUCUGAACCCGUUCCAACCAUACGCUGUUGAAAACAAGUCCAGGAUUCUAGUACAUGAAGAUUAUUAUACCACUCAAAAUAAAUCUGGUGCUGACAACAUUGUCCGGUUGACAGAGAGUUGCCACGAAUGCCCGAACAGGUUUUACAAAACGAG